UUUUCACGGAAUUUUCCAUUUCUCCGUGUGUUUUAAUUUGGAAAACUACUUUUCCAGCACUUUUUCUUGGUGGAUUGCAUCGUCAUGGCUGACACGGACUUUUCUAAGAUGAAGGUGGCUGAUUUGAAGAGGGAACUCAAAAAUCGAGGAUUGAGCACUGCAGGAAACAAGAAUGAGUUGCAGGAGAGGCUUCAAAUGGCACUUUUAGAUUCCGACCCUGUUUUGGAGGACUCAACAAUAAUUUCCGGCGAUUUGGAUGAUGAUGAAGUUCUAAAUGACGAAGAAUUAGAGAAUGCAAAGGACUUACUGGAGGAAACAUCACACGAGGAUGCAAUUCUAGCAAGCCCCACUCCCUCAGCUGAAUCAGCUGCCGGUGUGACUACCAACAAAUCUCCGGGCGAAGCACCCAAAGAAGAGACACAACCUCCAGCGCGUAAGAUAAUUCUGAAGCGUAAGAUGAUUGUUAUUCCACCGCCGGAGGAGACUUCACAGAAAGAUUCCACAAACAGUGUACCAGAACCCGGAGAAGUUAUAUCUGAGAAAUCUGACGAUGCUUCAUCUGUCGGCGAAUGUGAGAAGAAAGUUAUAAAAUUGUCGGAAAUGUCGGCCAAGGAGCGCCUUGAGUUGCGUAUGAAAAAAUUCGGAGCACCACAGACGCCGGAUGCAAAGAAAUUGGCAAGAGCAGAACGAUUUGGAUCUGCAGCAACGACCCCAUCGGCAUCUAAUGGCUCCUCUGGUGCAUCCAUUGACGUCCUAAAGAAGCGAGCUGAACGCUUUGGGGGCUCUGUGUCAACAACCAUGACAAAGAUGGAAAACCAAGAGAAACUGAAGAAGCGACAGGAACGUUUUGGGGCAUCCACCGUGGCAGGGAAGAUCAGUGUGAGCCCCACUGUUAAAUCAGAAUACGAGUCAAAAGCCCAGCAGCGUCUUGAGCGCUUCAAGACAUCAGUAAAUUAGGUUUUGACACUACAUGCAACAUUACAUACUUUCCCGAUCGAGUCCUUGUCUUCAAGGUGUUCGUUUGCUUAUUAAAAACUAAAAGAAAAACAAUUCAAAUCUCCAUGAAAUCGUGUCAAUAUUUAUUUGGAAAGAAUUGAUAAAAUAUAGUAAAGAACUAAACGAACCA